GGGAAUUUUGGGGUUUUGGGCAUGGCUGAAUUCCCUGAGAGGAAUUUUGGGGUGAAUUUGGGUAAAUUUGGGCGGUUUUAGGGGGUUUUUGAAGCAGUGGGCGUGUCCUGAAUCGAAAGCGAAAGCGAUGGCGGGAGCGCGGCUCGACCUGGCGGCUCUGGUGCUGAUUUGGGGAGGGGUCGCUGUUUUUGGGGCUCCCCCCCCCCAAACCCUGCGCUGCCUCCUGCUGGACGAGCGAGGCUCCCCCUCCCCCCACCCCGCCCUGCUGAGGAUUUUGGGGGGUCCCGAGACCCCCGAAACCCCCCGGGACAACCCCGAGCUCACCUUUGACGUCACCGACCCCUGGGGGUUCCUGAAGGAUUUUUGGGGUCCCUCCCGCUGCGAGCUGAGCCCCACGGCCCCUCUGCCACCACCCCCCGGCCCGGGGAUGUCCCCCAAGUGUCCCCAAGGCCAGCGCUGGUGGCUCCUGGCCCUGGGGACCCCCGAGGGGGCGGGGACGGCGCUGCUGCGGCAGUGGGGGAGGGGAGAGCCCCGAGACCCCCCCCGGCUCGAUGUCUCCCUGUUCAUCUCCACGCUGACCCCCAACAUCCGCGGCCUCCUGGGGACCCCCCAGAGCCUUCACUGCGCCUUCGCCCCCUCCGAGGGUCCCUUCAGCCUCCAGUGGCUUCACCAGAGCCGGGGCCACACCCGGCACCUCCUGGCCUUCGACUCCGCCUCCUCCCGCGUCACCGGCGCCGCCCCGGGGGUCCUGCUGUUCCUGGGGGACCGGGACCACCCCCCCAAUUCGGGGGACGCUCAGCCGCCGGGGGGCGCCCUGGAGGUGUCGCUGCAGCUGCCGCCGCUCUCGGUGCCCGACGACGGCUCUUUCGUCUGCUCCGUGACCACGCCCCUCGGGCAGGUGCAGCAGGUGCUGCGGAUGAACGUCGUUGCCCCUCCACGCGUGUCCCUGGCUCCGACCGCGCUGUUCCCGGGGGUCCCGGCCGAGCUCCGCUGCGAUGCCGUCGGUUUCUUCCCUCCGGACGUGGAGAUCCGCUGGGAACGGCGGCGCCGGGAGCGGCUCCAGGAGGAACCGGUGGAGCUCACCCGGAGCUCCAAACACCGGGAGCAGCUCCAGGAGGAACCGGUGGAGCUCACCUGGAGCUCCAAACACCGGGAACGGCUCCAGGAGGAACCGGUGGAGCUCACCCGGAGCUCCAAACACCGGGAGCGGCUCCAGGAGGAACCGGUGGAGCUCACCCGGAGCUCCAAACACCGGGAACAGCUCCUGGAGGUACCGGUGGAGCUCACCCGGAGCUCCAAACACCAGGAGCAGCUCCAGGAGGAACCGGUGGAGCUCACCCGGAGCUCCAAACACCGGGAACAGGUCCAGGAGGAACCGGUGGAGCUCACCCGGAGCUCCAAACACCGGGAACGGCUCCUGGAGGAACCGGUGGAGCUCACCCGGAGCUCCAAACACUGGGAACAGCUCCAGGAGGAACCGGUGGAGCUCACCCGGAGCUCCAAACACCGGGAACAGCUCCUGGAGGUACCGGUGGAGCUCACCUGGAGCUCCGGGCACCGGCGGGCGGCCGAUGGUACCUUCAGCCGCGGGGCCGGGCUGCGGGUGACGGCUGGAGAGGUCGGGGACGUCUACAGCUGCCUGGUGACACACCCGGCGUGGGCAACACCGAGGAGGUUCAGCGUGGCUGUGAUGGCCACCCCUGGGCCCAGCGUGGAGGACAUGGCGGGGAUGGCCCUGGUAGCCUUCGUCAUCGCGGGACUCUGCCUGCGCCUGUGGCCGGUCCCGGUGUGGGGACACUGAUGGUGGCGGGAGUUGUUCCGGUCCCGUUAUUAACGUUAAUUUUUAUUAAUUAUUAAUUUUAGAAUUGAUUAAUUUAAUUCGUCAGAAGC